UGGCGCGGUGCGGGGAGGGGCCGGGCUGCGCCGCGGCGGGCGAGGUGGAAGGCGGGGAGGAUCGCGGCUGCGGGUUAGGCUUUGAAAGUCAGCCUCACAGGCAUUGCAGCAGAGCCCCGAGCCGCGGAGGGGCGCGGAGAGGAGCGCAGCGGAGCUCGCCGUAUCAAACAUGGAAUUGUUGAGGAAGAAAAUUAAUGCAUCCUUGGACUCCUGAAGGAAGAGCUUUCCUGAUGGGACCACUUUCAAGCAAGCCUGCCUCCUCCAGCCUCCCUGCUGACAAAUGGUGGUGGAUUAUAGAUGAGGACACGCUGACCCGUUCGACCUUGCUGAGACAGCGGGGAGGGGCCUCCUGCUACUUGAGGGAAGCUUUGGGUCAUUUAAAGGACAAGGUCAUGAGCCAGGUGGGGAAAUGACAUGAUAUCACAUGACAAUAGCCCGAUGACACGGUCAGUAUGUCAAGGACAAACUCAUCAGUAUUGAUUAAUGCUGCUUUUUCCUGGUGUCUGUGCAAAGCCACUGGUAUUUCAAAAAUAUUUUGCUAAUUUAUUCUAAGUAAAGUGCCAAACGUUAUUUUUGGGGUUAUUUUGGGGAGAAUUUGUACAGUGUUUUCUUCUCGGUACAGAUCACGUGCAAAAGCGGUGGUGUUAAAACCCCACCGAUGAUAAUUUAUAGGGUUCAUCUCGAUGUUUUUGGAAAAUGUACAUCUGCAUGUGCUGUAAGGAAAAUGCCAUGAAGGUGCAUGACAGAGCAGAACUUAAGGAGGAGGAAAAAUCCCUGCUUUUCAAAUUCAGAAUUUCACAUUUCAUUCCUACUUGAAAUGCACGUGUGUGAACCCUUAUGAAAACACAUGUAUCCACAUGUGUGCGGCUGCCUGGAAUGUGGGAAAAGUGCUUAAAUAAAGACAACUGAGAAGAAAAGUUGAAUCUAAAUUGAAUGUUUAAAGAAAAAGUCUUGUAUUAGCUCAAGGGCAAUACAGUUAAGAUAAUGCCAUGCCUAUUUCAAGAACUAAUACAGUAUCCAGCGAUGCCAGGCAAUAAAAACCUGCUAAGUGGGUUUUUGAAAAUGUUUUGAAUACAAGUGACAAUAUUUUGAGAGCAUCUUCAUGUUGCAUUUCUAUGCUAAUAAACUUCAAGGUAAAUGAACAGCUUGUUUGACAUUUGCUAUGUUAGACAAUAAUAAAAUGCUUUCUUCUGUAAUUAGACUUGAUAGAUUGAUUAUGUUAAGAGGUAAAGAUAAAUGUAAUCAAAAAGAAAACUCUUUCAAAGGGAGUUAUUGCCUGUUUUUGAACUUUAAUGCUGUCGUUCCUGUUUAGUCGAUGCCUAAUGGUGCAUCUUGCACGCGUGCAUGUGUGCGUAUGUGUGCAGGUACACACAUGUGUGUACAGACACAUGCACACCCCUACAGACACACGCCGAGUUUCUGAAACAGCCUGUGAAGCCGGGAGAGGAGUGUUCACCUAGGAGCACGGUUCCCAUUUCUGUGAGAUCUGAUUUGUUGUUGGAAGCUGUUGUGUCUGAACAUCGUCAGUUCACCAGGAUAUAAUUUUACUCCCCUGAGGUAAAAAACCGUCAGUGGUAAAGUGUGAUAAAUUAGUUCACUCAAGUAGAUGCGCGUGCGUGUGUACGUGUUUAAUUCUGACCUUGCUGUGCAUGUGUUUAGCUGCUCUCAGUGCCCGAGUCAAGCCUGGUGGAGGUUUAAUCCUGUGCCCUUGUACACAUAUACUUGAUUAGUAGUUGUGGUUAUCUCAGCAGAAGACAUUCUGCCCUCCUCCUUGUAUUGGUCGGGACCUGGGCAUUGGGGAGUCAAGUCGAAGGAGAAAGAAAAGAGAUUUUGCAUUAGUAUUCUAUGAAAGCCUUACUGUCUGCAGAACAAAUUGAUUGCUACAGUGUACCUGUGCUUGGCACCACUGCUGUGAAAGAAAGGGUGAAGUGAAAAUCAGAUUCACAAAGAUCCAGCACUGACACUUGAAAGGAAUUUUAUGUUUGCUGGAGAUGGAAAAAGAUGAAAAACAAGCUGGCUUCCUGGAGAAAGAAGGUGGCAGAUACUUAAUGGAACUUUCUUACUGUGGAACCAUGUUUUGAGUACUCCUCUUAGAUGUCUUUCAUAAAUGUUCUAGAUAUCAGCAGAUUGAUAUGAUUGGAAACCUGGCUCAUCGAACAGUAUACGCUGGAAGAAGCCUGCUUGGAAUAUGACAUUUUGUAUUGUUUCUGAAAGUCUGUGAGAAAACACUACAGACAUCUUCCUAUUAUUUCUUAACUCUGCAUCUUGAUUCAGCUACAGCAAAACUAGUCUUUGAAGUGAAUAGAACCAGAGCCCUUUUGGAAACUUCUAUUGAACAUGACUCAUGGAGAAGAGCUUGGCUCUGAGAUGCACCAGGAUUCUGUUGUUCUAACUUACCUAGAGGGAUUACUAAUGCAUCAAGCAGCAGGAGGCUCAGGUACUGCAGUUGACAAAAAGUCUACUGGGCAUAGUGGAGGGGAUCAAAACUUUAAGAUUUCUGGAAAUAUAUUUCCUAGCUGUCAAAGUAAUGGUCCAGUUCUUAACACAAAUACAUAUCAGGGAUCUGGCAUGCUGCACCUCAAAAAAGCAAGACUGUUGCAGUCUUCUGAAGACUGGAAUGCAGCAAAGAGAAGGCGGUUGUCUGAUUCCAUUGUGGAUUUAGAUGGAAAAAAGGAAGCUUUGUUAGCUGGCAUGGUUGAAAAUGUGCCUAAAGGCAAACAGGAUAGCACAUUACUUGCCUCUCUGCUUCAGUCAUUCAGCUCUAGGCUGCAGAGUGUUGCUCUGUCACAGCAGAUUAGGCAGAGCCUUAAGGAGCAAGGGUAUUCCCUUAGCCAUGAUUCUUUACAAGUGGAGAAGGACUUAAGGUGCUAUGGCGUUGCAUCCAGUCACCUGAAGACUCUGCUGAAGAAGAGCAAAGCAAAAGAUCAGAAGCUGGACAACAGCCUGCCUGAUAUAACGAAGAACCUGCCCAAAGAGAGGUUUAUAGAAUCUCCUCAUGCGGUGCAGAGUGGACCUAAAGUGAUAAAUGAGCCACUGUCAUGCGCUGCAAGAUUACAAGCUGUUGCAAGCAUGGUAGAGAAACGAUCUAGUCCUGCUGCUUCACCGAAGCCCAGCGUAGCAUGCAGCCAGCUAGCUUUACUCCUUUCAAGUGAAGCUCACUUGCAGCAGUACUCCAGGGAACAUGCUUUAAAAGCACAAAAUGCAAAUCAAAUAGCAAGUGAGAGACUUGCAGCUAUGGCCAGAUUACAAGAAAGUGCUCAGAAAGAUAUUGGCCAGUUCGGUUUAGCAAAAGGAAUGACAAGCCAUCUUAAUGGUCAGACAGGAUCAUCAACCAAAACAGCGUCUAGCAAAAGCAAUAUGGCACCGUUUCAGAGUUCAGUAGGAAUCAUGCAUUCACCUCCCAAAACUGUGGGAUACAAAAGUACUUCAGAAAGGAGUAACCUGAAAACCUCUCCCAGCAACAGUUUGCUCUUGCAUCUACUGAAAAGCCAGAAUACCACCAAACAUGUAAAAGGGCGUGAACAGAGUGAGAGAGCCAGCAUUUUUGAAGACAGCAGCACACCGACAACUAUUGAUGAGUAUUCAGACAACAAUCCUAGUUUUACAGAAGACAGCAGUGAUGAUGAAAGCUCCCAUUCUAACUGUCUUCCUAUAGACCUAUCCUUUAAACAGAGGACAGAUAAAUCAGAUGCGGGUCCACCUGCAUCAUUGGAUAACCUGACUCAGUCCUUGCUUCAUAACUGGGAUCCAAAGGUUUCCUGUCCAGAAAACAAGGAAGACAAAGACACUCCGAAAGCUUCUAAACUGAAUCCUCAUCAGAAAGUAACGCUACUUCAGCUGUUACUUGGGCAUAAGAGUGAAGAAAAGGUAGACAAGAGUAAUGACCCUCAGGGACCACACAGUGCGGCUGAUGUGGCAAAAUUCACUGUACAGACUGGUAAAAGGACUCCUGUUACCAACAGUCCCAGUGCAAAUCGAAUGACUCCGUUAAGCACUCCACCUUUGCUGGCUUCUACAAAAGCAGACUCUCCUAUAAAUCUCUCGCACCAGUCGCUAGCCAUCAAGCAUGGCUCGCCACCGUAUGCCUGCAGCAUCCAGCCAGACAGACUGGUGAAUCCCGCAUCUAAACAUUUGAUAGACCUUUCUAAAAGCAAAGAAGUUCAAGGAGGCAAGCUGAGCAGGAACGAUAGUCCCCAGAACUCUUCGGCAUUCAGUGCCAGCAAGCUGCUGCAGAACCUCGCUCAGUGCGGCAUGCAGACUUCCGUGUCAAGUGAAGAACAAAGGGCUAGCAAACAGCUGCUAGCAGGGAACGCAGAUAAACCUGUUGGCUUGAUUGAUAGAUUGAACAGCCCUCUGCUCACGAAUAAAUUGAGUACGCAUGAAGAAAAUAACAAAAUAUUCAGUUGUCAGCCUGCACCCGCUGAACAAGGACUUCCAGGUUCGGAAAUAGAAAAUCUCCUUGAAAGGCGCACUGUCCUUCAGCUGCUUCUGGGAACUCCGAAUAAAUGUAAAAGUGAAAAGAAAGAAAGGAUGCUUUUAAGAGAUGAAAGUUCUCAAGAACAGACAGAUAAGGCUUUGAAUGAGCAAAUAUUGACGGUGAAAAUAAAAACUGAACCAUGUGAAGAAUCAAAUGUUCCUUAUAAUUCAAAUGCACAACAAGUUAGAGAGUGCAAGGGUAACAAAUUUCAAGGAUUUGUUCAUUCACUGCAGAGAAACACAGCUGCUUCUCCAGCAUCCGAGGAGUUGAAAUCUGAGCCUCUUUCACCUCAAGAUUUCUCUUUUUCCAAAAACGGCCUGCUAAGUAGGUUGCUGAGACAGAAUCAGGAUGGUUACCCUGCAGAUGAGCUGGAGAGAAGUCACCGAAACAAUGAACUGACACACCUUGAAUCAAAGAGUCUUUGCACAGUGCCGAAGAAGAGGAAGCUUCAUGCUGAGCCUUUGGAAAGUCCAUUAAAAAAGAUGAAAAGUAAUGUGUCUGAUGCUGCAAACAAUCACACUUCUCCUACUGUGGCGCUGUAUGGGCCUUUGCUUAACCAGCAAGAACUGAAAUUCAGCAGAAGUGAUGCUGAAUUUAAAUAUGCUGCGAGUCAUGGUUCAAAUAAUGAAAGUGAAAAUAGGAGUUGGUCUAGAGAUAGUAAAGGCUUCAAUGUGUUGAAACAGCUGCUUCUCUCAGAAAACUGUGAGAGAGAUCUGUCACAACAUAGGAGUAACAUACUAACAGAGGGCAAGAAAAAAGGAAACAAAACCAGUGCAACAAUUAAUAAACCUGAAUUUAGCAUUUCUUCAGUAAAUGCAUUAAUGGGAAGCCCUGCGCAACAGAACAAUUGUGCAGAUCAUAGAACAUUUCAGUAUCCUGUAGCAGUAAAAAGUCCUGCCAGUUCCCCCUUCCCUGAACACUUGGGGAGCACAGUGUCUAGGCUUGAGUCUGACCAGUUUAGCAUGUGUCCCAUGCCCAGUGAAAAAGGGCCCAUCAGAUGGGUGAUCACAGGUAUGGACAAGAAUGAUUAUGAGAAAGACUCUCCGAGACUGACCAAAACCAAUCCAAUAUUGUACUACAUGUUACAGAAAGGUGGCAACUCUGUUAGUAGCCAAGAAGCACAUGACAAAGAAAUUUGGAAUGAACCUUCAUUUACUGAUAAUUCAACUCCAGUUACAAUCAAAGAGGAGUUGACAUCUGAUGCAGAGCUUAAAACUCCUUUUAGUAACUUAAGAAGCCCUUACAACAGCCAUAUGGGGAGUGAGACCUCUCAUCAACAUGGUAUGAAUGGAGAAGUUCAUGGACUUCUGGAAAAAGUGCGAACAAUCAAAAAAGAGCCAGAAUAAACUACAGCCUCCUCAGUGAGUUUACAAUCAGUGGUUUUGAAUCUUUGUUUAAAAAAAAAAAAAAAAAAAAAAGGAAAAUAAAAAUGAGUACGAACUUGACUACUGUAUAAAUUGAGCAUGAUUUUAGAAAAGCAUGGUCUAAUUGAAACAUGUUUUCAUUUGAUAAACUUUUUAUUUUUCUGGUGAUGUUAUUUAAAAUACAUGUAGAUAAAAUUUGCUUUACAAUAGAUUGUCACAAGGAAACUAGAAAGGUUGUAAUUUGUACAAGACAUUUCUGUAUGUGUCAGAUUAAGUUAUGAGUACUCUUUGAUCAGAGUCUUACUUGGAUCUGCAAGUUUUUGGUAUAACAUAAAGUGUAAGCGUACAGCCUAGGUGGUGGUAAUGCUGCGUUUCCUCCCUCCCUGUAAAAUAAUCCUUAUUUUUUGGAAGCCUGAGCCUAGAGACAGUGUACUUUUCUUUUCUUUUUUUUUUUUUUUUUUUUUUUUUAAUGUUUAGUAUGUUUUGUGAAACUUUAAGAUUAACUUUUAAGAAAUGGAGCAGUUUGUCCAAGGUAUUAGCUUGUCAUAUUGGAAAACCUGUGUCAGUGUUAAUAAUUGAAAUGCACUGAAAUGUAUUUUUUAGUGCUUCCAAAAUUUUUAUUGUUAUUUUUAAAUCUUGUUUGUGGUCCUGCCAGAAUAGUGGUGUAAAAAUCUAUUUUUCUUCCUUGCCCUGCUCUUGACAAAUGCCUUCCUCAGAAUCCUUAGCCAUAGUUACGAGUUACUAAUUGCGAUUAAGGGUUUUUUCUAGGUUUUUAUACAAAAGGCAGAUUUUCAUAGGCCAUGCAAGUACUGCAUGAGUUCUUUCAUCGGCACAUUCCUGUCACUUUCCUGCUUAAAAGGGGAAAGCCAAAAUGCCUCUUGGAGUAGGGAGAUUAAGAAAGUGUAGUUACAUGCAUUUGGUGAGGAAAAUGGUGCAAAGUUUGUGAAGCAGAUGAGCGCUACUGGCUGUGUAGCCAACAUCCUGCUUCCCCUGCAGACGAAUACCAACUGUGCAAAAGCAGCACAUCACACUUCCACUCAAAGAUGGAAUAGGAUUUUAAUGAAAAAUAUGUUGGCCUCUUCCUACAACCAGGGAAAAGAAUCCAUAUUCUGCCAAUAUUUAUUACUCUCUGAACAGCUGAUGCAUGGUUUAAUGCACUACCCUUUCACUGCAGAAAACUUGGUUUUAGAAUAAUUUUUCAGGUUGCACUGAGGAUAAAAUUGUGGUUUCGUCGUGUUCUGUAAUGGAUAGUGGGACAUGUCUGAGAAAUCCUCCUCUGCCCUUUUCCUCAAUCCCCACCUGUGCUGUGAUUUGUAACAUCUGGCAAGAUCAGCCUGAAAUGGGAGUAACUGAAAAUUGCGGUCAAAGCCGAGACACCUUAAAAGAAUUGCUGGCUGGGGAAGAGCCGUGCGGUUCUGCUUUCCUGUUAACACUGUCAGUGUUAACUCCAUUUGCAGCUUUUAUUUCUCAUGUGGGAGGAGGAGGACAAAAUCCAGUUCCUCUAAAUGAUAUGCAUUAUUGGCAACCAUAAGUUUUGCUGAACUUUUUACUCCCCUGAAAAAAAAUGUUCUCCAUAGCUUCUAAUUUCACUGAUGAUCCCCUGUGCUAUCAGCAGACAGCUCUGGUUGGCUUGCACAGACAAUGAAAGCUACGCUCUGUUUUAAUUUUGACUGUUCUCACCACUGAGAGCCAGUGACAUGACAAAACUGCUGUUCUGUCUGUCUCACGCUUGCAUAGCAGAGGUGAGUGAUGCGGCAUUUUGCUCUUUUCCUUUCUGGUUUGGUUUCAAAGAUCUUUUUCCAAAACUGCUGGCUUACUAAGACAGAGCAAGAUGUUGUCCCCCUCUCAUCCCCUGCUCCCUGCUUGGGAUCAGUUUCCCCUCUUUCCAGUGCAGUCCCUACUGAAAGGGACUUUUCUUGUCUGCCAGCUGGAAAAUACACCACUAUUCUGUUUUGCUCCCCUCCCCCCACCCCCACCCCCCCGGGGAUACCUUCUUUUAGGGAACACAAAUAUUUGGCAGUAUCUGAUAUAAAACAUUCCCCCUGGUUUAUAUGAGAAAUAACAGAGUGAUUUAAAGAUAUAUUUUUAUGUUAUUUGGGUGAAGCGUAAUAUAUUAAUGGGCUGUACAAAGAAGAUUUAUAUUUUAAAACCUUCACACAAAUCUAAUAUCAUUUUAAAUGUCAUUGUCUGAAGUAUAAUAUAAAAAUAAAAUUUUGUUUGUCUUUAAUAUUGCAUUUAUAAGUGGCCCAGUGACAAUUCAGAUGUCUCAUAGAAUAUUCAUUAACAAGAUAAAAGUAUAUUUUGGAUUGACAGUGGAACUGAAUUCUUUUUAUAUAAGUCAACCCAGCAGAAAUAUUAAAAAGAUGGUAUUUGUUCCAUCCAUUAAAUGUCUCUUAAAGUCUUAAUUGAUUAUUUUUCUUGAAACAACAUGUAUAUAGCUAGGAAAUAUAUACAAUAUAGAAUAAUAGAUGGUCCCCGGAGUAAAUACAGGGCUAUAAUUUACUUGAAGGGCUCCACAGAAAAAUGCAGCUUCAAUGGAUGUGAAAUAAUCUGGCAGGAAAUACUUCAUCAAAACAAAGUUGAGGUGAAAAGUAGGGAGGCGAGUUUAACCCUAACAAAGUAAUAUUGGAGUCUAGGAGUGUGCUUACCUAUGUAUUUAUUCUAUGGUAGUCUAUUGUUAUAAUAUAUACUUUUGAACAUUUAGUUUUUAAAGUUUUAUAAAACAUUUAAGUUAAAAUGUUAACAGUUUGACCAGUUAAUGAUUUAGCUUUCUUUUUAGGUGAUGUUAAUGAAAGGAUAUUACCAUUCUCACAGACGUCAGUAAACUAUAAUACACAAGCAUUUAAGUUUAGGACACGCUGUUCAUGGAAGAAUCUUACCUCUUGUAGACUUUGCAAUCUUAAGCAGCACGUAACGUAACAAUGAGGCCCUUGAGAGAGGGUAGGGCAUGCCAACUGGAUGCUCUUCAGUCAGCUGCUAAGAGAGCAAGAGUCUCCUGCAUGAAAUUCUCCAGUAUCACUGAUGUUACCCCUCCCUAGGGAAGAGAGUCUUCUUUAAAAUCUACCCCAUCCACAUUUACAACCUUUUAAACCUGAGGACCAAAGACUCUUUUAAUCAUUUAUCUUGUAGCGUGGGUCAGUAAAAAGGAGUCACCAUAAUUUUCCUUGGGGACUUUUCCAUCAGAAAAGGGAGGUGCAGAAGCCCGAGAUUGCUGUACCAGCAGAAGGACGGGUAGAGCUGGCCAUGUUUUCCCAAGAAAGUCAAAGAUCCUUGAUUUCCACCAGUCCCUGUAGAUGAGUGACAAACCAAGGUCAUCUGUUGAGUAACACUUUGCUGACUCCUGGCUCCUUGGUUCAGUAGAUGUUUACGGCUAGGGCAUGCGUUUCAGCUGUCCCCAGUAUGCUUCCUCGGUCUGUGGGAGUGGAAGCUUCAAAGAUAGCUCUGCAAAGUCAGGAGGCUGAACUUCCAGCUACGCCUUUACAUUAUAGACCUGAAGAACAACGGGGCCUUGUCAGGUACUGGUGGCAGUAGCUCUGUAGGCAAAGAGGUGUAGGAUUGAUGGGUGCUGCUGUGUGCCCUCACCAUCAAAGGAGCAGGGAGGGAAGAGGGAACACAGCCCAGCUGCAGCUGGGUGACACUGCUGCGGGAAAGCUGCCACCACCUCCUGAAGCAGUGAAGAAGUGAGCUGGGGAUGUGGCAGUGCCACACUUGGAAGUUGUAAUUGCAACCUGUUGGGACUUAAUGCCUGAAUUAACUUUAACCUUGCUUAACUGGGAGUAGUUGCAGCAGCAGCAGCAGUUGGGUUGCCAAGUGCCUGCCUGGCGCCUUGCUCGAGGGGGCAGCUACAGGCCCCUCGGCGGUGGCGUAGCACUCGGGCUAGCUAGAUUCGGGGAUUGGCUUGUAACUGCCACGCAGAUAUGCCUUUUCUUUCCAGAGGAAAGCAUACGGGACUGAGAUAAACACAUUUCUCGUGUCUCCUCUGCUAAAGUUUGAGGAAACGAUGGGGGGUAACACAUGACCGCAGAAUCAAAGGUGUUUUGCUGGAGGGCUUCUCUGCUGGUGCCGCGUAACCGGGCGGCUCGGUUCGAGAAGUUUAUAAACGUUAUGAGAUCAAAAGGGAAUUCAGCCAUAACUUUCACUUUUCUUAGCCAUUUGCUCUUAGUAAUGUUUUUAAAUUUUUAAUUUACCAAUGUUUUUAAAAGAAAGAAAUGAAUGGUUUAAAUUUUCCCUGUUAAAUGUUGGUGAAAGUAUUACAGCUCUCAUUGACGUCAGUGACAUGAUAUUACCAGUUUGUUCUCUGCCACAUCUUACAGAGGAGUAAACUGGUAAGUAUAUAUUAUAUAUAUAUUUAUAUAUAAUGUAAAUAUAUUGACUUGUUACACCUAUAAUAUGUUGAAAUUGGUUUUUAAAAGGUGAUGUAAAUAGUGGUUUCCUUAAUGAAAAAUACAUAUUUUGUAUUGUUCUAAUGCAAAGGAAAAAACAAAAACCCUUUUAAUCUUUUUUGUUAUGUAUAUUCCAUGUAUAAGUGUAAAUAUGAUCACAUAGGUUUAAAAACUUUUGCAUGUAUGUAUACAGUUGCAAGUCUGGAAGAAUGUAUAGAAAAAUACUUUUAUUUAAAGUUGUGAUUACCUGCUGCAUGAAAAGUGCAUGGGGGACCCUGUGCAUCUGUGCGUUGGCAAAAAAAAAAAAAAAAAAAAAAAAAAAGUCUUAAGUCAGGUCAGUUCAAAACACAACAGUAUUCCACUUCUGGACAUGACUUCUGCUGUGGUAUUUUAGCUUUGUGAAAGAAUGUGCUUCAAAUCAAAAGGGUCUGGGGGGAAAAAAAAAAAAAAAGCAAAACUGCUUUUAAAACAUGAAGUGCUCAUACAACUAUAACCAGUCGUGUAAGUUCAGGACUCCAUUUUGCAUAAUUGAAAUAUUGUACCAGGACUAUUCCGUCCCUGUAAAACAAAAGAAUAUUGAUUUUCAUUGCCAUACAUAAGAAUUCGGGAUUUUACCACAACCGGUUUUAUUGUGAUGUGUCUUCAGUAAUUUAUCUAACUGGUCUCAUUUUUUUAUUAGAAAUUAAUUUCCUCAUGUGAUGUCACAAAACUGUACAUACUGCAGUGUGAAGUUUUUUUAAAUCUUUCAGUGUUUACUUCCUGCAGAAGAUUUGAAUAAAUGAGAAAAAUGCAUUGUC